AUGCUUGAAGUUGUGACUUCAACGGUGCCUAUGCAGGAGACAAGAAAACUGUUUAUCAAAAAUCGUAGUGAAUAUUAUGUUGAUUUGUGGCGAGAGUGUAAGAAACGCUGGAUGGUGUUUGGGGUCCUAAUUUCUGUGGCUCUGGCGGUGCUGUGUCCGCAUAUCGGCGCUCCUGGAGGGAGGGAGCGGUUCGCGCUGCGUACGGAGGCGUUGCGGUACGCGUCGCUGUGGUAUAUCUACUACGCGGGGGGACGGCGGACGGGUGCGGGGUUGGGAGCGGGUUUGGUGCAGGGGCUGCGGGGGGUCCGCGCGCGGCUCCCAGUGCUGUCCGCACUGCACGCGCAUGCUGCCGCACCCGCUCUCUACGCCGCCGCCACACUCGCUCUGCGCGAUCUUCGCCUCGACCCGCGUCUGCUGCAGGGCGCACUGGUGGCACGGUCACGCGGGCCUUGCGGCUGGCUGGCGCUGACUCUGGGCCGCAGUUCCGCACCGGUGGCACCAGCCCUGGUCGCGCUCAACUACGCGCUCUCCUUGCUCGCCGCUCCCCUCUCGCUGCUGUUUUUCUGUGGACAUAUGUCUCUGCCACCGCUGCGUAUAGUGCUGUGGACGGUGCUGACGACGCUGGUACCGUUCGCGCUGGGCUGCUGCCGGCCGUGUCGCCGCACUGACCACACCACCAGCCAGUUGUUAGCGCUGCUGCUGCUCUAUAUCGAGUGCUGUGCGCUUCUGAGGGACGCAGAGGGUAGUUUAUAUGUUGGUGAUGUGAUGGCUACGUUGUUUUUAGAGGUCAGCAGCGUGUGGUUGCUGGCGGCGGGCUGCGCGCUGUACGCACGCUGCGGCGUGCUGCGGCGUCGCGAGAGCCGUGCGCUCGCGCUCGCUGCAGUGCCCAAGGCGCUAGGUUUUGGUUCGUCGUUUGCUUUUAUAGAAUAA